AUAAUGAAAUAAUGAUGUAAAGAAAAAUCACAAGUAGCAUGUAAUGGGAUUGGAUUAAAGGCAUGUGACUUUUGAGUGUUUUGUGCGACGUGAGAUGUCUGAUGUGUCAUGCUUUCUUUUCCUCCCAUGUCGGUUCCCAUCUGAAACCACCCUGAUCACCUUCAACUGGGCGGAAUGUGUCUGAACGCGCCGCGGGCCUUGCGUAAUGUGUGAAUCACCAUGACGACCGAGUCAGGUUCCGAGUCGGAACCCAAGCAGCAGCAGCAGCAGCAACAGCAGCAGCAGCCGCCGCCGCCACAGGAGUCCAACGCCGCCGUGCCCGCACAGGCCCCGCCAACCCAGGUCACGCAGCCGUUUGACAGGGAGCAGUUUCCUGCUGCCGCCGGCCACAGCACGCCUGCUAAGAAGGACCAGAACGGGGAAAGAGAGGCAGAAGGAGUCCCACCGAGCAAACCCGAAUACCAGCCAUUUGAGGACGACAAGGCGUCUCACAGGUCCUCGUCCAGCAAGCUGUCCAAGUCUCCCCUGAAGACAGCCAAGAAGCCCAAGAACAUGCAGUGCAAGGUCACGCUCCUGGACGGCUCCGACUACACCUGCGUGGUGGAGAAGCGGGCCAGGGGCCAGGUGCUCUUCGACAAAGUGUGUGAGCAGCUCAACCUGCUCGAGAAGGACUACUUUGGCAUCACAUUCCGAGACAUGGAGAACCAAAAGAAUUGGUUGGACCCGGCCAAAGAGCUGAAGAAACAGAUAAGAAGUGGACCGUGGAAUUUUGCCUUCAAUGUAAAGUUUUACCCCCCUGACCCCGCCCAGCUGUCAGAAGACAUCACAAGGUACUACCUGUGCUUGCAGCUGAGGGACGACGUGGUUUCGGGGCGCCUGCCCUGCUCCUUUGCCACUCACACCGUCCUGGGCUCCUACACCGUCCAGUCAGAGCUGGGGGAUUACGACCCGGAUGAGCUGGGCAUCGACUACGUCAGCGAGUUCCGCUUCGCCCCCAACCAGACCAAGGAGAUGGAGGAGAAAGUCAUGGACCUCCACAAGAACUACAAAGGCAUGACGCCCGCCGAGGCAGAGAUGCACUUCCUGGAGAACGCUAAGAAGCUGUCCAUGUACGGAGUGGACCUCCACCACGCCAAGGACUCGGAGGGGGUGGAGAUCAUGCUGGGCGUGUGCGCCAGCGGGCUUCUCAUCUACCGCGACAGGCUGCGCAUCAACCGCUUCGCCUGGCCCAAAGUGCUCAAGAUCUCCUACAAGCGCAACAACUUCUACAUCAAGAUCCGCCCCGGAGAGUUUGAGCAGUUCGAAAGCACCAUCGGGUUCAAGCUGCCCAACCACCGGGCGGCUAAGAGGCUGUGGAAGGUUUGCGUGGAGCACCACACCUUCUUCAGGUUGGUGUCCCCGGAAGCGCCGCCCAAGAAGUUCCUGACGCUGGGCUCCAAGUUCCGCUACAGCGGGCGCACGCAGGCGCAGACGCGCCGGGCUAGCUCGCAGAUUGUGCGCCCCGCGCCCUACUUCGAGCGCUCCUCCAGCAAGCGCUACACCAUGUCCCGCAGCCUGGAUGGUGCCCCCGUGACUGAAAACCACGAAAUACUCAUGAAGGAUUCCGUGUCCGCUUCAGAGGUGAGCACCGCCCAGUACGGGGCGGCCAAGGUCAUCGCCGCGGGCGACCUGAUCACCUCGGUAACGCCGGAGAAGAAGGCCGAGGAAGAGAAGGCCGAGCGGGAGGAGGAGGAGAAGACGACCGCCACGGAGCCGUCCGAGCCGGCCCCGGCCACGCCUGUGCGAUACGACACGAAGCCGUCGCCUUCUUUGUUUGCCUCCGACCCGUUGCGCUCCGAGCUGUCCCUCCCCUCCUCGCCCGUGUCGUCCACCAAGGUACGGCGGAGGCGCAGGGAGAACGCCCGCAAGCGGGCGGCGUCCGUCAGCCCGGCCAAGAGCAGCGCGGGCUGCCGGCGGAGGCAGGCGCACGCCGACCGCCAGGCCGCCCUGCUGGAGGAGCAGGCCCUGCUGCUCUCCGCCCGCAAGCAGCGGCUGGCCCAGAAGAAGGGCGGCACGCUCUUCUCCUUCUCCCUGCACCUCCCCGACCUCUCCACCUUCCUGGACGACGACGGUUACCUGAGCUUCCCCGACCUGUCCGAGCUGCGCUUCCUCCCUGAGAGCGUGCAGCACUUCCUGCCCAUCAAGUCACCCUCCCUCAUCCCCUGCUUCCUGUUCAUCUUCUUCUUCCUGCUGUCCACCUCCUUCUCCGUGCCCUACGCCCUCACCCUCUCCUUCCCACUGGCUUUGUGCCUCUGCUACCUGGAGCCCAAGGCGGCCUCCUUGAGCGCCUCACUUGCCAAUGGCCUGAAUGACAGUUCAGAGGAAGAGACUGACAGCGAGCAGACGGACUUCGCCUGCGACGGCGAGACCACCGCCACAGAGUCGGACCAGGAGGACGAAUCGGAGAUAAAGACGCAGGACACGGCGACCCCUGAGAUGCUGGUGAAGCACCAGACGAACAUUAGCGAGCUGAAGCGCUCCUUUCUGGAGACGGGCACCGACAGGGCCGGCCUCACGGAGUGGGAGAAGCGCCUUUCCACGUCGCCCGUGCGCUCCCCGAGGCUGGACGACGCCCCCAUGAUCGAGCCCCUCGUUCCGGAGGAAACCAAAGAGGAAGAGAAACCAGUGGCUGCAGAUGUGACGGAGGUGAAGCACAGCACUGUGGAAACUACAGCCAGUAAGUCGGAGGAGACAGUCCAGCAGGGGGAGCCGUCGCAGCCAGAGAAGGGCCAUCUGGUGGGUGUGGCUGAAGGGAUGCAAGAGGCGGAGCCUGUGGUGAAUAUGCAUGAGGUGGUGGCCAAUGGCGAGGCCUCGGGCGAGCCUGGCAGUGCCUCUGAUGCUUCCGAUGCAGGGCAGGGAGACCCCACAGCUCCGCCCUCCAUGGGCGCAGGGAAAGAGGACCCCCCAGGGCCAGAGGAGCCCAAUGAGGAGCAAGCUGCUGAGACUGUCAGUACAGACGCAGAUGCUGAUAAGCCUCAGUUUGAGUCUCCGGUGCUGAAGACGGAGGCCGUCAGCUUCAGCAGCGCGGCGCAGGACGAGAGGGAGGAGUUCGCCACCAAGGACGUGCCGGUGGUCCACACGGAAACCAAAACCAUCACGUACGAGUCCUCGCAGGGUGACACCAGCAGCGAUGGUGACCCAGGUAUCCUGAUGAGCGCACAGACCAUCACCUCGGAAACGACCAGCACCACGACCACCACACACAUCACAAAGACCGUGAAAGGAGGCAUCUCGGAAACGCGCAUUGAGAAGAGGAUAGUCAUCACUGGCGACGCAGACAUCGACCAUGACCAGGCGCUGGCUCAGGCCAUUAAGGAAGCCAAAGAGCAGCACCCUGACAUGUCUGUGACCAAAGUAGUGGUGCACAAAGAGACAGAGAUCACGCCUGAGGAGGGGGACGAGUGAAGCAGGAAUAACGUUCCACCAUUCAGAGGAUACUUUUAUUUCACCAAUCAAAGAAUAAAGGACGCCCACAAGGGAGUCCGCUUUGACCUCCAAAGCCAACAUACAGUACAUUAAUGGAUAUUUCACUGCAUCGGAACACUGUAGGACUGCUCUCCCUCCCACUGUCUGAUCCUAUCUGCAGAUUAAUCCAGCCCAUUACUGGAAACACGCAUAUUGCAUGAGAAGGAAGCAGUUCUGCACUUUUCUUUUAAGAAAAUUUAAUUUGGGGAAAAAAAAAAAAUUAAAGCAAAACCUGGUUCUUAAUCCACCUGCACGCUCAGACAACAGGCAGACAAAUUGAAGGAGUAAAUGUAAUUUUUAUUCACUGCCUUAUUAAGUAAUAAGUUUUAAAACAAUAUCAUUUGUGUAGCUUUCAUUUUAUUUAUGAGAGAGAAACUAUCACUCCAGAAAAAGGAUAUAGGCUAUAUGCUGUACGUGUUAGAGUGCACAAUAUUUAACCAUGCAGUAGACGUGCCAACAUCGCCAAGCUCCUGCCUCCUCUCUCCAUCACUCUUGUGAUUUUACUCAAGUUGCCUGCCUGCCAAACACAAAAAAGAAUGAACCUUUCAAUUUUAGAACAACUCAAUAUGAUAACUUACAUGUGCUUCUUAGACCAGACAAAAAAAUUAUUCUUAAACAGUGAUUGUCAUUUUUACUUGAAUCAUGUUUUUUUUUUUUUGUUGUUGUUGUUGAAAUUCCACUAAAUUUUUCCACUGAAUUAUUCCACAUCACAAAGAAGAAGGCUGUAUGCAGAACACUGUGGGGGAAGGGCUGGGGCAGAAGGAACACAGGCGUCUGUGCGAGACCCAUGAAACAGUGACCCCUGAGGUGGGCCGCCUCCUUUAACACCACAGCAGGGGGCGCUCCCGAGCUUCACUCAUUCUGUCAAAGCAUGGCAAAGUCUAGAGUCUGAGCUGCAGAGCGGACUGCAGCCCUCUCCGUGUGUG